GUGUCGGACCUUUUGCCCUCCAAUCUCUGCGCUGAGCCGGCGCCUCUUUCGGAGUCUUGUCUCGUUUCCAUUCUGCCAUCUUCACCACCCGCCAGCGAUCCCUCCCACGCUUCCUUCUUCUUGUUGUUCUCCGAAGUACCCGGUGGAUACGUUUGCGUGUGUCUGGAGCCAGUGGAGACACCAGAUCUCGUACUUGAUCCCAUCACCCUUGCAAGACAUCCUGACAAGGUGAACCGUCGCCCCGUUCGCCAGUUCUGGAACCUCAAGCUGCCCCAGCUGCCCAGCAUCUGUCACGGCGGCAGCGUACCCACACUCGAUUCAUCGUCUUCCUGA